AACAACGAUAUUUAAUUUGUUAAUGGGUAAAUGAUGCCUUUUCAAAAAUAAACCAGAUUCGAAUGUGGUGUCCGAGGCUGCCUGACCUUCCUAGUGUAUCUUUAUUGAAACUUAUUUUUUGUCUUCCUACGUCAAACUAGAGAUUCCUCGAUAAAGGGAUCCAUCUCCCGCAGGUUUAUGAGAACAAACGUGGAUAGCGAUACUGACCAGAGUGGCUCCAACAACGGCGUCAAAGCCAUGGAUACGUCUGAGUGGCUGGAAGAGACGGGAAAGAUGCACAUCCACCGCGCUGACAUGAACAAGCUAAUUAUGAACUACCUCGUCAUGGAGGGUUUCAAAGAAGCGGCAGAGAAGUUUUCAGUCGAGGCAAACAUCAAGCCACCCAUGGACCUCGAUCAGCUGGAUGAGAGGAUUCGCAUUCGCUCAACCAUUCAAGCAGGCCACUUUCAAGAUGCCAUGAGGAUGGUCACCGAACUCCACCCAGAAAUUCUAGAUGAUAAUUCUCAACUGUACUUCCAUCUUCAGCAACAAGUUUUGAUUGAAUUAAUUCGUGAGGGAAGGAUAGAAGAAGCUGUCGUUUAUGCACAAGAUCACCUCGCAGAGAGAGGACAGAGGGACCCAACCAUUCUUAAUGAACUCGAAAGAACUUUAGCACUUUUAGCCUUUGACCAGCCCGACACUUCCCCCUUUGGAGACCUCCUUCAUCCAUCUCAUAGACAGAAGGUUGCAAGUGAGCUGAAUGCUGCAAUCCUCAGAGCACAGAAUCAAGAAGAAACAACACCUCUUUUAGCCGAACUUCUGAAGCUGCUUCUCUGGGCCCAAGAUGAACUAAAUAAGAAGAAAGUCCAAUAUCCUGUCAUGACAGAUCUCAUUAAAGGACAAAUUGAAGAACCAAAGUGAACUAUUUAAUGCCUCAUAUAUACUAGAACCGUUGCUGUAGGUUAAGGCUUUAUCCCUAGCAGUUAGUCACAUGCUACAGUUCGAUAGCAAAACCUUCUCUGGAGUCUAGGGAUUAGAGUGUAUCAAAUUUUGCAGGUUUAUUCAGUUGGUAUUUUAUAUAUAUAUGUGUAUAAAGAUUUUAAUUUUCAACUGAGGAUCCCUGCCAGGUAAUUGUUUAAUGUGUAAUGUUACAAUAGUUUGACGUCUGUAAGUAUACCUGUUUCUUCAGCAAGAAACAGAUAGACAGAGAAUUUUGCUUUAAUUCAGAGGCAGGAUACUUUAGUACAUAUUAUUGUCUCGUCUUUCAGAACAAGAGGUAAAUCUCUCUCUCUCUCUCUCUCUCUCUCUCUCUCUCUCUCUCUCUCUCUCUCUCUCUCUCUCUCUCUCUCUCUCU